UAAGCGUGGGUUGGUUCAUGGUCACAUGAUCUGUUUUAAGGAAUUGAAAUGGCGUGUAGUCUUGUUCUCUUUCUUUGUCUCGUGUCUUUCCUGAUCGAUUUCUCCAGCGCGACUAAUUGUACUAAGGUGUCUGGUAAAGCUUGUCAGGCAACCUGUAAUGGGAAAAAAUAUGACUUGAGUCAUGUUACAAAAUCAGCUAAGAACAUAACUGAUUCAGAUGAUGGCUAUUAUUACUUGGUUAAUUUUUGUGAGCAAGUCAAAUGUGGUCAAAAUAAUGGCGUAGCUAUUUGUCAGGGGAAAGGUAUCCGCUAUUUUAGUCUUGGUACAAUUGAUUCUGCUUUCUGGACUACAUCUGACUCAUCUGGAGAUUUUAAUGUAACAAUUCAUGGGACUACUCAAGGUGAUGGCACAGUAAGGACAGCUAUAAUCAUGUUCACUUCUGGAAAGAAAAAUAGCAUCGAUUUUAAUGGUGAAGGUCAAGGGGCUAAUCAGAACACCUAUUAUUUUACAGGUACUUAUCAUGGUGGUAGUGAGAGUAUUGCGGGAGCAAUUGGCUGGGUUUUGAUUUCAGUUGCUCUGGUUGCUCUUGUUAUUUACUUCAUUGCUGGAAUUCUUUUUAUGUAUAUUGUUAAAGGUGCACGAGGUCUUGAAGUGAUUCCCAACGUCAACUUUUGGAAGAGUCUCCCACUACUCAUUGUGGAAGGAUGCUUGUUUGUCGUCAGCCCAUGUCGCAAAAAAUUUGGCAAAAAUGAGUACGAAAAAAUAUAGCAUCAUUGUUUGGUGUCUUUGUGUGUGUGUGUGAGGUACUAAUAAGAGCAGUUUAAAUUCUUAAAUCAAGGAAAGCUGGGGGACGUUUCUAUGCAUAACACAAAAUAUUAUAAUUAUUAAAAAAUCUAUAAUGUAUCAUUUUUGGUUUUUUGAGUAUUUUUUGAGUCUCUGCUCUUGAUCAAAA